AUAUAAACAGUGAAUGCAAGUCAUUUAAACUUAACAUAUCAUAGUUGUUUCAUAGAUACGUUUUUGGCUAUAUUGUAUACUCAGCCCAAAGUUUCUAUUAAAUCACUUUCACAAGUUUGAGCAUCUUUUGGGUAAAUCUACUGCAAGAAAAUGCCGAUUCAUAUCUACGCCACCCGUUAUAGCCCUCCCUGUCGGGCAGUCCUCAUGACAGCCAAACAGUUGAAUAUUGAUUUAAACCUCAAAACUAUUCAUUUGAAUGAAGGCCAACAUUUGACCGAAGAUUAUCUCAAGAUUAACCCAGCUCAUUCUAUACCGACCAUUGAUGACAAUGGAUUCAUACUCUGGGAGUCGAGAGCUAUAAUGCAAUACUUAUGCAACCGAUACGCACCGGACAGUCCCCUCUAUCCGACUGAUGCCACAAAGCGUGCACUUGUGGACCGUUGGCUUAACUUUGAUCAUACGCUCACUAUUGCUGUCCGAGAUGCCUGUUUAAGACCGUAUUUUAUGGGCGUUGAACCGACUGAACAAAGUUUGAAAGUGUUUAACGACACAAUGAAACUGUUGGAUGAGUUGAUUGGAAACAAGAAAUACUUGAAUGGAAAUCACUUAACAAUUGCUGACUUGUCUGUAUUGGCCACCACUUACACUCUGAAGAUUUUGAACAAGGAUAUGACGCCUUUCCCAAACUUUAAAACCUGGAUAACAGGGUUGACCGCAGAAUUUCCAUACGUUGAGGAGAUUAAUAAGUUUGAUGAAAAUGACAUCAAGAGUCAGAUGAACAAAACGAAAACUUUCUUUCUUGAGAAACUCAGUAAGAAGUAAUAAAAUGUG